AUGAGCAUCGAUGCAUCGGAGGGCAAACUGGACACAGUCCACGCGGAAAACGUCACCAAUAUGCAAAUUGAUGAGUGCAGCGAGAAAAUACAUGCAAAGUUUCGACAUAGGAUUGACUUUCGACUGUUACCUCUCUGUGCCUGGCUAUAUCUUAUGAAUUAUCUUGACCGUUCUAACAUUGGAAAUGCCAAAAUUUUGAAUCAGGAAACCGGCGACUCGCUUCUGCAAAGGACUGGAAUGACUGCAGAGACUUAUUCCAUCACCAUCACGAUUUUCUCUGUUGCUUACAGUAUUUUCGAUGUGCCCUCGAAUUGGGUGCUCAAAAGAUACUGUCGUCCUUCUUGUUGGCUUAGUUUCCUCGCCCUUGGCUGGGGGGCUUUGACAUUAGGAUUUGCAUGGGCAGACGAUGUGUCUGCCGUGAUAGCCAUCAGGUUUUUCAUUGGUGUAUUUGAAGCAGGAUUCUUCCCAGGUAUUGUCUAUAUUAUAGCUGCCUGGUAUCGACCAGAGGAGCGUUCGUUCCGUAUCUGUAUCGUGUCGUCGUCGGCCACACUUGCCGGUUGUUUUGGUGGCUGCAUCGCCUAUGGCAUGGCAUUUCUCAACGGCAAAGGUAAUUUGGCUGGCUAUCAGUGGCUUUUCAUUGUUGAGGGUAUCAUCACAAUUCUUUGCACUGGUCUCAUUAUUACCUUUAUGCCGAAUUUCCCCGAUACUGCCAAAUGGCUGAGUGAAGAAGAAAAGGAUUUCGCGCAACGUCGGCUGGGGGAGCAAAGCAUAAGCUUUACUAGCGAGCCUGCUAGUCGAGGCGAGAUUAUUGAAACCUGUGUUGGACCUCGAAUGAUUGCACACUAUUGCACCUACCUUUCCAACGUCAUUGUGGUCAGCUCCCUGGUCUACUUUUGCCCAACUAUCGUGGCCGGACUCGGCUACAAUUCUAUCGAGGCUCAACUGAUGACCGUGCCUCCUUGGGCACUUGGGUACGUUAUGUGUCUGUCCCUUGCCUGGGUAGCCGACCAUUACAACCAAAGAGGCAUUAUAGUGAUUGUCACGUCAAUUGGUUCUGGCGCGGCGUUUCUCGCCACCACUCUACUUCCUUUGACUGCAUAUCGGGCCAAAUAUGCCUGCUUGAUUAUAUCCUGUUGUGGAGUCUUUUCAAACAUCGCACCAUUGACCAGUUGGGUCAUUUGCAACAUGCCAAGUCCACGUGUCGUAGGACUUGCAGCAGCUCUCAAUAAUUCUAUGGUUGGGAUAGGCUCAAUUUUUGCUCUUUGGAUCUGGAAGGAUAGUGAAAAGGCAACAGGUUACCCUACAGGGAACAGUGUUUGUGCCGCUUGCAGUUUCCUUACUGCUGUUCUUGCUUUUGGACUACGUUGGACUUAUACAAGGAUGAAUCGAAUGAAUACUCUAGACAGCGCUGGGAUUGCUAGGGACUGGAAAUUGUGA